AGCUGGCGUGCUGCAAAUAAAAACAUAAUUUUGUUUAACAUUCCUAGAUAAUAUAUACAAAAAUGUAAAUAUAAAUUGUUAUAAAUUUAAUAACGUAACAAAAUAUGAUUAGAUAGUAUUCUGUAGUCAUCUUGUUUGUGAUUAAGUGACGGCGCAUGUGCGAGUUAACGCUGUGAAAUUAAGAUGUGGUAUGUGUAGUGCUUAUUUUAUAUGCAAUUGUAUUUUGUCGGGUUAUAUCGAAAGUAAGGGGUGAUGACCUGUUUCUACAAUAUUUUUUAAAGAAUAAUAACAAUGAUAUAUCUCUUAAAAUCGUGACUACUUUUAAAGUUAUUCAAAGAAUCAUGACUCGUUUAUAAAUAAGCUAUACUCUACAAUAUUAUUGGUUUGCUUUACAACAAAAAAUACUUGAAAAUUUAAUAAUUAAUUACCAGUUUAAAUUAUAGUUGCAUUUACACUGGAUGACUUUACUUUCUAUAAUUGUUGUGAUAUAAUGAUCGUGUCACAUACUCAUAGGUAAUGCAAUCUGUUUAAUGAACAUGAAAUUUGAUUCGAAACUUGAUAACAUCCGGCGCAAACUUCUUAUUUAUAGUUUUUGUGCCAUUGUUUACAAACAUUGUAUAGGCGUGUUUUUUAUGUAGGAAUAAUACUAUGUACGUUGUAGGUACUUAAAUAAAUUAAUUAAUUGGGCUGGGUUCGAUCCCGACAAAAUAGUAAUUUAUUCGAUUUAAUUUUAAAAACAUUAUACCUUAUUCUAUCUGUGUCUAUCACAAGCCCCAUUUGGGAAUAAGCUCUUGGUUCUAAAUUGUAUCAAGGAUACAGACGCGUACAGUGCCCCAAAAAGGUUAGAGUUUAAUAUAAUCAUUAUUUAUUUCUACUUUUACAGUAAGUAAGUAAACGGAGAUAUAGUACAAUUAAAUUAAUUAAAUAAAAAGGAGGGCGCUGGCGGCUUUAUCGCUUUCGAGCGAUCUCUUCCAGAAAAUCACUUAUCUAUCAUUACUAUCGAAAGUACAAUAGUUUGGUUUCCAUAACGUUAGGCUAACAAAUAGAUGAAUCUAAACAAAACAAUGAAUGGCGAGAGACGAACAUAUGUAACGAUGUGGCGAAUAAAAUGCCUAUGUGUACUUCUCUUCGGCAUAGCAUUGUUACAAACGUAAGACAAAUGUUGACACCGCGGUCAUUUUUCAUCAUCACCUGCAUAAGUUUCACAAUUUCAGUGACUUGGAUCCAAUUCGUGGACAAAAGAAUAUAUUCAUACCAGAACGAAAGUUUGAUUCAAGAGGCCCUUGAAAAUGUCGCUCGCGAUUACAGAUUCGCGGAAGUAUACAGAAAGGCGGAUAGACUGCCGAAUGAAACUAAAUUUAUCCUACUCUGGACCACGGAAGAGCUUGCACCGUUCUACAUACUCGGUCAAGGACAGAGGAAAUUCAUCGAGAAGAACUGUGCAUAUAUCAACUGUUAUGUCACUUCAGAUCGAUACCUAUUCGACGGAGACACCACUAAAUUCGACGCUGUUGCUUUCAACGGAAGGUCUUUAGUGACAAUGUCGAAAUCACAACUACCCCAUCGACGUAGUGAUCACCAAAAGUUUAUAUACUUCAAUAUGGAAUCAGCAGACAAUUAUCCUAUCUGUUCCCCAUAUUUUGAUGAUUUUUUCAACUGGACAUCUACGUAUCGCCUGGAUUCGGACAUUCCCUUUCCGUAUUUGCAAGUAAGAUAUAGAGAUGGUGAGAUAAUUGGACCUAAAGCAGGAAUGGAUUGGGAUGAAACAGAGGGUAUUAUUGAUGAAGAUCUGUUCUAUCGUAUUCAGAAUAAGACAAAGGCAGUGGCUUGGUUUGUUUCUAAUUGUAAAAGUAGAAGUCACAGACUACAACUAGCUAAAGAUUUGCAAAGAUCUCUCUCUGUGUAUGGGUAUAGCGUGGAUAUUUAUGGUAAAUGUGGUCCGUACACAUGUCCCCGAGAACAAGAAAAUAGCUGCAAUUCUAUUCUGGAAAAGGAUUACUUCUUUUACCUGGCAUUUGAGAAUUCGUUUUCCGAAGAUUACGUUACUGAGAAACUGUUAACUGCAUUGCAGCAUGAUGUGGUACCAAUUGUUUUUGGAGGUGCUGAUUAUUCAAGGUUUCUGCCCCCCGGUUCGUAUCUAGAUGCGCGAAAGUCUACACCAGAGGAAUUAGCAUCAACUAUAGUCACACUUAUCGAAUACCCCAAAACGUAUAGUCAUUACCUGAGCUGGAAACGAAAGUUUACUUAUAAGAACCCAAUGUAUGACGAUAAUGUUUGCGCCGUUUGCGCUGCUUUAAAUGAAAGGAUGGACAAACAUACAACGUACAAGGAUUUUAGAUCAUGGUGGGUUCCCAAUUAUGAAAAAAGAUGUGCUGAAUGAUGCCACUUGAUGUUUGAAAUGAAACCAAAGAACAAAAAAUAUUGUGUUUAUAUGUACGCACAAAAUGUAAAUAAAUUAAAUUGAUUUAUAAAUAUUGUAUCAGAUAAGUGCUUCUAAAGGUUAAAAGUAGCAAGAAUGUUUUGUCACUUUAUUCAUUUACAAUCUAGCAUAAGAGUGAUAGUGACAGAACAUUCAAAUUAUUUGAGGUUUCUUUAAAAAAGUGUUAGUAAGUUCACGCAACUAAGAAUUUCCUAUACGAUGUGUAUAGGUCAUAUAUCCUAGCAAUAAUCCCGUUUAAGACAUUUUUAUAGGGGCUGAAUCAAAAUGCGUGUAUUACACGAAAAACAUACUUCUAUAUGUAUAUAUAAUAUUCGGAAGUUUAAAGUGUGAUUGUAUUAAGCGAGAUGGACGAAAUAUUAAAAGGAUUACCACAAAUUAUGUCAUCUAAUAAAUAUAUAUUUUUUAUUUGUAUUUCCCUGUUGUUACUUCAUAUUAUUUUUAACUACGAAAAAAAACGUUUAUAAUUUUAUUAUUGUACGACCCAAGGCUGUACAUUUAGCUCACUAAGGCUUUCUUAGUAUUAUAAGGAUUUACUCUCUUCAACGGUUACAUUGCAAUUAUUUGUUACAUAUCAAUUAACUUAUAUUCUAUUGUUGUACACGGUUAAUAUAUAUUAUAAAAAUUAAAAUAAAACAAUGGUUU